GACAUAAUUUUGUUGCGCCGCCCUGGCAACUUGCUUUCAGGGUCAGGGAAUUGGAAAAUUUUAAGGAGGUCAAUUAAGGUUUCAUGCAUUUACCUUACUUAACUAAUCUCAAAAAUAUUUAACAAAUUACGAUAAACAAACGUUCACAUACAUUUGAAACUUAUUUUUUUGAAUUGGUAACAAAUGGCUGACACAGAAAAGCUAAAUAUUGACAGCAUCAUCGCUCGGUUAUUAGAAGUCCGAGGAUCCCGACCCGGUAAAAAUGUACAGCUAAGUGAAGCAGAAAUUCGUGCUCUCUGCUUAAAAUCAAGAGAAAUAUUUUUGAGCCAACCUAUUCUAUUGGAACUAGAAGCUCCUUUAAAAAUUUGUGGUGAUAUUCAUGGGCAAUAUUAUGAUUUACUGCGUCUCUUUGAGUAUGGUGGUUUCCCUCCUGAAAGUAACUAUUUGUUUUUGGGUGAUUAUGUUGACAGAGGCAAGCAGUCCUUAGAAACUAUAUGCCUGCUAUUAGCAUAUAAAAUAAAAUAUCCUGAAAACUUUUUUCUCCUUCGUGGAAAUCAUGAAUGUGCAAGCAUCAAUCGUAUUUAUGGUUUCUAUGAUGAAUGUAAAAGAAGGUAUAACAUAAAAUUGUGGAAAACAUUCACAGAUUGUUUCAAUUGCUUACCGGUGGCUGCAAUAGUUGAUGAGAAAAUAUUCUGCUGUCAUGGAGGCUUGAGUCCUGAUCUGCAGUCAAUGGAACAGAUUCGUCGUAUCAUGCGCCCAACGGAUGUUCCAGAUCAAGGGUUGUUGUGUGACCUUUUGUGGUCUGAUCCUGACAAGGAUGUCAUGGGCUGGGGUGAAAAUGACAGAGGUGUCUCUUACACAUUUGGGGCAGAUAUUGUGGGCAAAUUCCUUCAUAAGCAUGAUCUUGAUCUCAUAUGCAGAGCCCAUCAGGUUGUGGAAGAUGGCUAUGAAUUCUUUGCAAAGAGACAGCUGGUCACCCUGUUUUCAGCCCCAAACUAUUGUGGUGAAUUUGAUAAUGCUGGAGCCAUGAUGAGCGUGGAUGAUACUUUAAUGUGUUCAUUUCAGAUUCUGAAGCCUGCUGACAAGAAGAAGUUUCCAUAUGGUCCAAUGAAUGCAAAUCGUCCCAUUACUCCACCAAGAGGUCAGGUGAACAAGAAAAACAACAAGAAAUAGCAUUGUUAAAAUUUUCAGUGAUAUCUGCAACAAAAAAUAUUCUUCCUAAAACCCUGAUCUUAAGUCAAUGUUGUCUGCAGGUCAGGCUGUAAAAAGAACUUUUUUUCUUGAAAUCAGUCCACUUUAUGGAGCUACAGCCAUUAUGUUAAAAAAAGAAAAAUCUGUACUUGUACAUUUUGGUACUGUACAUACCAAUGCUAUACAUACAAUAUGUACAAAAACAAUUCUUAUUGUAACUUCUAUUCUUUUGUCUUGUUUUUUUCUCUCCUUAUAUGUGCUUCAUUGUUUAUGUACCUUCAUUUUUUGUAUCUUUUAGUUUCUUACUUUUGUUUAAUUGGCUUUUCUUCUCAUUCAUCACCAUGUUUUUGCACUCAAGUAAUUUUUUAGUUUUGUUUUGUGAACGUUGACUUAAGACUUAUAAUAAAUAAAUAAACCAUGUAUUGUGGGAUGAAACAUUUUAAACUCUUGAACACUAUGCAAUUAAGUGUCUUGUGUGGUUACUCUUGUCCACUUUCCAGUAGCUUUUCCUAUGCAUCACUCUAAUGCCUAGUACUUGGGGAAGAAAGAAAGCCUUGAAAUCUUAAAUUUUAUUUUUGAAAGAAUUGUAAUAUAUCUGAAUUGUUUCAUUUCAGACAUUUUACUUUUAUUUUGCACUAAGUUUUUAAACACUUUUUGACUAUGAAAUCACAUGGGAGGUUUUCAGAUUUAAUUAUUGAUUUAAAGAUAUUCAUUUAAAUUAAAAAAAAAAUUGAAUUUUGUUUUAUUAAUUUUUAAUAUUUUGCGUGAUUUAUUCUCAAAUUACUAUUCUGUGGAUUGAUAUGGCAUUUUUUUU